AUGUCAGAAUCUCAAAUUGUUAAUGAUUUGAUCAGUUGGGGUGAAAAAAAUGGGAUAAAAAUUACCAAAGGUUUAAAAUUUGUUAAUUUACCAAAUAAGGGAAUUAGUUGUAUAGCAAGUGAAGAAUUAGGUGGUCAACAACCUAUUAUUGAAGUUCCAUCAGAUAUAAUAUUUUGUAGUAAACAAAUCCAAGAAUUUUUACCGGGAAUUGAAAUUGAUUCUCAGGAUUCCAAUACAUGUUUAAAGAUUAUUCUUUGUAAAUUGAAAUUUGACACAAAAGAUUCGAAUAGCCCUCAUCGAUUUGAACCAUAUAUUAAUGCUCUACCUGAAAUUAUUGAUAGUCCAUUAAAUUGGAAUGAAGAUGAAUUGAAGUUAUUGCAAAACACUAAUUUAGGUAAUUGUCUAAAAGAACGAUUUCAAAACGUUUAUGAUGAAUGGUUUAAAUUUUUAGAAAAAUAUCAAAAUUAUCAAGAGUUUGAAACACAAUCUGAAACAAGUUGGUACAAUUUCUCGAAUUUUUUAUGGGCCCAUUUAAUUAUUACAUCGAGAUCAUUCCCGGAAUAUAUCAUCAACCCUAAUUGUCCAAGGGAUUCAGUGAUGUUAUUACCAGUUCUUGAUUUAUUAAAUCAUUCAAAUUAUAGUAAAGUGGAAUGGGAUGGUAAUAAGGGAGGGAAUUUCAUUUAUAAAAAAUUAGAUUUGCAAGAAAUUGAAAUCGGUGAUGAAAUUUAUAAUAAUUAUGGUGGUAAAGGCAAUGAAGAAUUAUUGAAUGGAUAUGGAUUUGUCAUUGAAGAUAAUUUAUUUGAUUCAGUAUUAUUAAAGAUUAAAAUCGAUAAUGAAACGAUAACAGAUAUGGCAAAUCGAGGUAUCAAGAUUCCUCAAUUGGAGGAUUAUACGUGGUUUGCAUUUGACAAACCCAAAGAAGGGGAACCUGUGGCCCCCUCACUCCAAGGAGAAGUUAUUUUUUUAAUUAACAAGCAUCAUGAUGAAAGUAUUCAAGACAUGAUCAACAUUUUUGCCUUUUUGAAUCGAAAGCAAAUCCAUGAAGAUUUUGCCCAACCUAUAAACCAACUAGAAGGGAUUCAAAUGUUAAGAAAUGCUAUUGAAUAUAAAUUGAUGAAACAUCAAGAGCCAAUAACUAAUGCAAAAGAUGAUGAUGAUAAGGAGAAACAGAAGAUUAAUGAAUAUCGGAAAAAAUGUAGUGAAAUAUAUAGAAAUGGUCAAAUUUCUAUUUUCAAAGAAGUUAUAGGGAAAUUGAAAAAAUUGGAAAAAACCAUUUUAAAGUCGGGUAAAAAAUUACUCACAAUGGAUAAGAUUAUUAAAAACGACCAAGAAUUUAUUGAACGUGAAUUGCAAGAGUUUUUCCGUGGCAAAGAAAUUGUUUUUGAAACUCAUAUGGAAAUCCUGGUUAUAUGGAUUCUGGUCAAGAUCCGGAAUAAUAGUUUUCCCGUCAAAUGUGGAUGGGUCCAAAAGAUGUAUGAUAGCCAAGAGGGGUUGUUAUUUUAUUCGGAUAAUGAAAGCGACGAGUUCUAUCAGAGAUUAGAUUUGCACGAGCAAAUUACGGCAGAGGCUUGUAAUCGGGGUUUCCAUUUUAUUAAGAGCAAUGUAUAUACUAGAAUAAGUAAUGACGAGUGUAUAUUUAUAGGAGAAUUCUAA